AUGCGUCCGUUGAGGAACAUCUCCACAAAGACAAGUAAGAAGGCGCCAUUUUCCUUCUCCAGAAACGUGUCCUCCCAUCAAAAUCAACAAUAUGCUCCUCAGUUCUUCAAUCCAAGCUAUAUUUCUCCUAAAGAAUUGGCAAGACUUGAUGAGGUGGGAUUCAAACACAACUCUUCUUCCUCUAACAAGAAAAGUUCAAAGAGUAUUUUUCAGUACGUCACUCCUGCUUUAAGCGUAACGAAAAAUUACGUUAUAUUUGAUACAUCGAAUAACACAAAUAAAGACAAUUCUGGUUUAAACCAAAAUCUCCUAUCUUCCUCAAAACAAAUCCCAAAUUAUGCUUUAAAUGAGGAAUUUGAAAGGAUUCUUUUGAAAAAAUCAAACCACAUAUCUAAUAAAAAUUCCCAUGUUAAUAUAAGUAUCGGUUCAAUAUCUAAUAACCAUACCACUUUGAACAUUAGGAGGGUCAACUCCAAUAACAUUAAACAGGUUUCUAUUCCAAACAAAUUACUAAGAAGGGCUUUCUCAUCAUCUCCACAAAAUUCAAACUCGUCAUCAAGCUCGAAAUCAAAUUCAGAUUCUAUUCAUGAUUUGGAAUCUAAAUUGUCAAAACUGAAAAUUAGAAACCUUGACAGUUCAAAUAAUAAGUACAUUGAAGAAUUCAAAAAAUUCCCAAAUAUUGAUGAUGCAUUUGAUCACAUGUCUGAAAAUCCACUGAAAAUCCAAGAAUUCACAAUUGAUAACUUGAUGAAUCAAAAUAAAUUUAACGAGGUUUUACCUGUUUUCAAUAGAAUGAGAAAUAAUGGGUUGGUACCAACAUUGCCAAUUUACAACAAGGUAUUAAAGUCAAUUCCAUUAAGACAAACUAAUGAAUCUCUGGAAAACAACAUGACUCAUCUAUUGAACAUUUAUUCUGACUUAUUGUCAAAUAAUAUAAAACCAAAUAUGGAAACUUAUGAAAUUGUAAUUGGUUCACUGGUUAAUUCUUCCUUAAUCUCUUAUUCUCAGUUGAAUUAUAGAAAUGGCUUUGAAUUCUUCAAAAUAUCACUAGAGCUAUUCCUAAUAAAUAUUGAUUCAAAAGAUUUCGAGUUUCAUAACAACUUAAUUUACGUUAAUUUAAUCAAAUGCUUGAAUUAUUAUCAAAUUAAAGAUGCAAUCUCUCCUAUGGAUCUAUUGAAUAAAUUAGAGAGUAGAAUAUCAGAUGAUAAUAAACUGGAAUUUUAUUUACAAUUAACUAAGCUCUCUGCGAUUUUCAAAGAUGAAGAAUUAGUUGAAUCUAUCUUUAAUAAUCAGAUCAAACCAUUGAAAUUACUAUCAAAUCAUGAUGAAAUUUAUCAAACUUUGAUUCAAUCUUAUAAUUUAUGCAACAAUUUCAAAAAGAGCUCGUUAUUGUUGGAUACCAUCAUAAACAACUUACCAAAUAAAGAAUCAGCCGAAUCCCAGGAUUUAAUCAGAGAUUAUCUAUCGGUAUUUAUCCGGUCGCAAAGUUUGAUUAAUCCAAGUGAUGCAUUCAAAAUGGUGCAUCAAUUCUCCAAAAUCGAUUGGUUACCUAAACUCUCUAUUGAAUCACUAACAACUUUGGCAUAUUCGUUCCUCAAGCUGGGUGAUUUACAAAUGACUUUGAAGAUAUGGGAUUUUAUGGUUAUCAGAAAUGAUUUUAUUAAUGAGUUUAAUAAAUAUAACAACAAUGAAUUUCAAAUACUAAUUUCAAACUUCUCCAACCACUUCUUUGAAAAAAUUCUAUUUACCAAUAACAAAAAUCUAAUUCUCAAGGUUGUCAGAGAAUUUCUAGGUAAAAAUUGCUUAAAAUUUGAUGACAAUUUACUAGUCAACUAUCUAAGAUAUUUACAGAAUUUGAAUUCACAAGAAUCCGAUGAUUUGAUUAUCAAGCUAAUUCUAAAUCAAGGUUACAAGAAAAUACUUGAAACUAACUAUAAUACCAAUAGCUCAGUUGAUUCCAAGGAUUCAUUAAGUAAUUAUCUUUCAUUGAUUGUUGACUUCAUACCAAACACAAUAACUCUGAAAAUUUUCAAUUCCAAACUGUUCAAGCGGAUAGUUGAAGAAUAUCGACUUACUCGUGACAACAUAUACGGUAUCAUGAAAGUUUUCAACGUUGUAUUCAACAAUCCGAAUGACGAGUUCGACAACUUAUUAAAAUACUACAGUAAAGUUCUCGAUUUAGAAUUCAAUGACACUGAAAAUUGUUAUGUGGAAAUACCAGUUGAAAUUGAAAAUUUUAAACAUCAAUUACAACAGUACAAAUAA